AUGGCACUCGGCGAGCGAUACUCGGUCGCCGUCGCGUUCGCGCGCGUCUCCUUCGCGGUCGCCGUCACGCCCUCGCCCUCGCGGGAAAAAACCGAAACGACGAGAGUAGCGAGAGGAGGAGGAAAAGAAGACGCGCUUCGAAGCCCGAGCCCGGGCCCGGGCCCGGCGGCGUCCGCGAAGACGAUCGUGUCCCCGAUCGACGGCGUGAUCCGCCCCGGGUCGCUCGUCGCCAUCAUGGACCCGAGCGGGUGCGGCAAGAGCACGCUGCUGGACCUGCUCGCGGGUCGAAAGCGGCCGUCGGCCGCCGCCGUCGGUGCGUUCUAUCUCACACUGGUCCCCAUACGACCGCGUUGGCGUGUCGGCGGCGACGUGUACUUCAACGGCCGCCGCCGCGGCGACGACGGCGGCGAGCACAUCCCUCGCCUCACGUCGUACGUCCCGCAGCACGACGUCCUAUGCGCGCACGAGACGGUGCUCGAGGCGGUGACGUUCGCGUGCGCGCUGAGAGCGGAUCACGGGUACCUCAAACCGGGGCGCGCGCGCGCGACGGAACGCGCGCAUCACUCGAGACGAGCGAUCGAGCUCUGCGGUCUCUCCGCGGUGGCGAACGACGUCGUCGGCGACGCGAACCGCGGGGGAGGAGGAGAAAGUGCGCGCGGGCUCAGCGGCGGGCAGCGGCGACGGCUGAGCAUCGCGAAGGCGCUCGUGGCCGGCGCGAGCGUGUGCUUCAUGGACGAACCCACGAGCGGACUGAGCAGCUCUGACGCGGCUACGGUGAUCGAGACGCUGUCGAGACUGCGACGCGCGUUCUCGUGCUCGUUCGCGUGCGUGAUCCACGCGACGCGCGCGAGGGCGUUCGAGGCGUUCACGGACCUCGUGUUGCUCGCGCGCGGCGGGCGCUGCGUGUUUAACUCUCUGGACGGCGGCGGCGGCGGCGCCGCCGCGUCGCCGACGCCGAAACGGGUCGAGGACUACCUCGCCGCGCUCGGGCACGCGAAGCCGCGCGGGGUCCCGAUCGCGGAGUACGCGCUCGAUCUCAUCACUCCCGUCGACGAGAGCGAGAGCGACGUCGCGGAGGGUCGCGCCGCGCGCGUCGACGUUUCGAACGACUUGUGGCGUCGAUACGAGGACUUCGUCGCCCCCGCGAUGCGCGCCGCCUUGGACGUCGCGAUCGCGCGUCCGGGCACGUCUCCGCGGUCGAUCACCGCCGCGGGAGCGCGCCCGCGUGAGACGCGCGUGACGUGCGCGUGGCGGCAGUUUCGAGUGCUGUUCUCGCGCGACGCGCGACUCGCGCGAAGGAACCGCGAUGUACUUCUCGCGAUUUUCGGCAAUGCGAUACUCAUGGGCGUUCUCGUCGGCGUGGUGUUCCUGGACGUCCGAAACAGCGGCCCCGAGAACGUGCAGUACCAGCUCUCGUUCGUGUUCAUGGUGAUCGUCGUCGGCGCGUUGAACGCGAACGCCGCGGUCCCUGUGUACGUCGUGGACGCGGAGAUAUUCUCCGGCGAAACGUCGGAGAACAUGUACUCGGUCUUUCCGUACGCGGCUUCGAAAGCGCUCACGUGGGGGUUAAUAAACGGCCUCGCGACGUGCGUUUUCGCGACGAUAACCCUCGUCCUCGCCGGAUUCGCGACGUCGCCGACCGAUUCGAUCGCGCGGGCUGGGGCAAACUACGGGAGGUUCCUCCUCGCGGUGCUUUUGGCGUUUUUCGCGACGGACGCGUUGAUGGGCGCGAUCGCGUCGCGCGCGACGUCGCAUCAAGCCGCCAACGCCGUCAUCGGCGGCGCCCUCGGCGUGCUCUCGCUGUUCAACGGCUUCACCGCGAACCGAAGGAACUUACCGACGUGGUUGUUCUGGGCGCAGUACGCGUCGCCGUUUUACUGGGGAUUCGUUGCCGCGUCCGUGCCGUUGAUGCGAGCGUACGAUCCCGGCGGCGGCGGCGGCACGUCCGACGAAGAUGGAUGGAAUGGGGCGGACUCGUCGCGAUGGUGGCGAUGA